ACGGCUAUGAAACUAAGAGAUGCAACUGCAUAAAAUAAAAGCUAUUAUCUGUAGACAUAAAUAGAGAUAAAAAAUUGUAUGGAUAUAUUAUGGAUGCAUAAAAAGUUUUGCAUAAUAUAAUUUCUUAAAAUGAAACUAGGAAAUAAUAUACGAGAAACGACAGAGUUAGUUUGUACAACCAACAAGAGGAUUGUUUAGAUAGCACCAUAAGAAAUGGAUUUCGCAAACAGAUUUCUUAAAGCAGGAGACAUGCUUCGAUUUGAACGAUCCGAACAGGCUUAUACUCACUGGGGAAUCUAUGAUGGUCAAGGUUACGUCAUACAUGUCACAGGUGAUGCUGCAAAUGAUAUGUUUUGGGAGUUCCUUCAGACAUUUCAAGCAGCCACACAUGCCAUUAAUGCAUUUGUGAAAAGAGAGGAACUUUCGUUUGUUGCAGCGGGCAGUAAAUUCUAUGUUGAUAAUUACAUGGAUACGGAGAGGACUCCGUAUGUUCAGGGAACCAUUGUGGAAAGAGCGAUAAGCCGUGUGGGCAAAGCAUGGGUAUACAAUUUGCUUCAAAAUAAUUGUGAGCAUUUUGCAACUAACAUGAGGUAUGGUAGACCGAUAAGUCGUCAAGCGGCAAGAGGGACAGAACUUAUUCAAGCAUCUGGAGCUGGAUUUGGAGCUGGAGCUGCAAUUGUAGCUGCUAGUUUUAUAGCGUCGCGUUACUCGUAAUACAGAUUGCCUGAAUUAAUAAAAUGUAGAAAACAUUGA